CGUUAAUAACAGAAAAAAUAGGCGCAUCUUUAGUUUUGGAAAAGUGGGCGCGCUGCUUCCGUGAAAAUUUGGCCGGCAGAAAGUUUUGUUGCGCUAAAGAACCUAAAGCUGGCGGUUUUACUAUGAAUACGCUUGUCAGCAUAUUGAUUGCUGCCUGCGCUGCGGCUUUUGCCAUUUUUCACACUUAUCCCGCUCCGCCGAAAUCACCGCUACUUUACCAGUGGGAAAAAGAAGACGGUGGUUCGUACUUCAAGUUUCAGGACUACGACAUAUUUUUUAAAGAUGUCAAGGGCAAUGCAGAAAACAAGGACGUGCUACUUUGUCUCCAUGGCUUUCCAACUUCUAGCUUUGACUACUACUUGGUCCUGCCAUCACUGCGAAAAAUAUUUGGCAGAAUUGUGCUGUUUGAUUUUCUGGGAUUAGGCUACAGUGAUAAGCCAAGGUUUCACACUUACUCCAUCUUUGAACAAGCCAACAUUACUGAAGCCCUCGUGAAGAAAUUGGGCUUGCGCAGCGUUCAUGUCCUAGCUCAUGAUAUCGGAGACACAGUGGCCCAGGAACUUCUUGCUAGGCAACAGGAAGGUGUCCUGUCAUUUGAAAUUUCGACUUUGUGUAUGAUGAAUGGUGGAAUUUUGCCUCAACAUCAUCAUCCAAGAUGGUCUCAAUUGAUCUUGAGAAUGCCUGUCGUUGGUGUUGUGGCUUCAAGGUUCAUGAACCACCUGGUCUUCAGAGUAGCACUGGCUGAUGUCUUUGGCCCCAACACUAAACCAACCGCAACAGAUGUCCACAAUUACUGGCAUUUGGCUCGGCUGAAAGAUGGUUACCGGGUAUUUGGCCUGCUCCUCUCCUACAUCGACGAAAGGUUCGAAAAUGAAGAGAGAUGGGUUAGAGCACUGCAAAAGUCGGCUUCCAAAGUUCACAUGAUAUAUGGCCCGGCCGAUCCUGUCAACAAACCACCAUUUCAGGAGCACUACAGGAAACUCGUUCCUGGCUCUAGCAUCCACAUUCUCCAUGAACACAUUGGUCACUAUGUGCACCUUGAAGCUCCCAAGGAAGUGGUUGCAGGCUACUUACCGUUCUUGGAGGCCCAUGGUGUCAAAACAAAGACCAUAUCUGUUGCACUCCCCGACAGGUUGCUGUAGGCCAAACCCCAUUUUUAUGACUUGGGUGGCGCUUUACUGUACUGAUCCUCUUUUAUUCACUUCUUCAUAGGCUCAGAACAGUAUGAAUAUUUCAUUGUAAUCUCAUAACAAUGCCUUCGGCAAGAACUUUCUGUGAUAGUCUCUCCACUAUGCCUUAAGCUGACCACCGUGCCUGGUUAUGUUAUCUUAAACACUGGUCGAAAAAGAACUCAAAAGAAAAUGUGAUUACUAAAGAAAAGACGGGGAAUGCGGGAGAUGGAAAUUCAAGAUGAUGAGCAAAACGUGAACAAGGUGAAUGCCGGAGCCAACGUUUCGACAAGUGGACUUGUCUUCUUCAAGGCGACAUAUGCUUUCCUCACCACAGUAUAUAUAGGUGGGGUUCUUCUAAAGGGGAAAGGGUGUGAGGCGGGAGGACGCAGAAACGAGGGAAAAUUUGUUAGCGUGUCGAAUUGAGAGUAAAGAAACACUGCGUACAAGGUCAAAACCAGGCACCUCCCCCCCCGGUCUGUCAACACAGGCGCGUUAGCCGGCGUGUCAAGGGCGUCUGACACGCCAGCUGACAAAAAAAAAAGGAAGGAAAGGAAAGGGGAGAAAAAAAAAAGAAGGGGGGGGGAUACGCCAAGAAAUCAAACUAAGUGUUUGAUUUCUUGAAACCUCGUACACAGCGUUUCUUUACUCUCAAUUCGACACGCUAACAAAUUUUCCCUCGUUUCCGCAUCCUCCCGCCUCACACCCUUUCCCCUUUAGAAGAACCCCACCUAUAUAUACUGUGGCGAGGAAAGCAUAUGUCGCCUUGAAGAAGACAAGUCCACUUGUCGAAACGUUGGCUCCUGCAUUCACCUUGUUCACGUUUUGCUCAAUGUGAUUACUAAAGUAUGUCAACAACUUUCAACUUUUUUUUAUCUUAUUACUUCAUGUUAGGCUUCUAAAGGGCCAUCUCAAAAGCCUUUAAAGUGUGCUAACAAAUGAGAAAUAUAACAUUUCCAAUUAAGUAAGCAGACUAUGCAGUGAGCUAGGAUAUUCAUUUGCCAUCUGAUUAGUGCAAAGUGCAUUCUAGCUCUCCCCCUUUUCCUCUCCCCCAAAUCUGCCAUCAUCAUCAUCAAAAGUUAAUUAUUUUCAGUUAAACUGUAAAGCCUAAACUGUAAAGGAGCUUUAUCGAAAAAUGUUUAUGGUGAAUUUGUCAGUGCUCACAAACAAGGAUUUCUUACAUUGAAAGUUUCUCACAACUUUUGAGCAAAACAAUAUAGACACCCAAUUUUUUCUGCAAAAAUGUUUAAUGUGUGAGGGUGCUUAAGAUGUCUAAAAUAGGCAAGCUUUAUUUUUUUGGAUGCAUUGGUGACAUACCUUAACAUAAAUCCAUGUGCUCCGGGUGGCAUUACAUGACUAGGUAAACUGUUGCAUGACGGAGCUGUUGAUGAGAAAUCUGCAUUCAAUGUUAUGUUUGUUUUUGUUUAGAUUAACACAAAGGGGCCUUAACAAGUACUGCCUGAAAGCUAGUAUGCCUUCACUCAUACACAUAUGCAGCAUUCCAUUAAAUAUGAACAACUGUCAGCCACCCAGUCACACACUCACUACCCAGCAUCUGGGUGACACAUACAUGAGGAAUGAGUGUGGUGACAGACCAUAUUAAUUUUGGCUAAUGAAAACCACUGUUUUGAAGACGCAUACAUGCUCAUAUACAAGAUUCUUGUGGGCUCAAAUGCACAUUUUCUUAUUGCCUUAUGCACUUACUACAAGUUCAAUUUACUCGCAUGAGACCAUCUUACACAUGUGUGGCUGCCUUGCUCAUAGGCCAUGCCACCAUGUGUUAGUGCAUUUAAGUCUGUGUAUUAAGAGAAAGGCUUAGGUCAUGCCAUAUUGAUUCAAAUGUGUGUGAAACACAGAAAUGUUCUCAGUUUACAAUGUCUGAGCCAAUAUGAAAGUAUGUGCACUUACUGUGCAAAGUGGCCCUCAGUUCUUUUUUUUUUAUCAUUAUCCUAUUUUACAGAUAUUGAUGGAAAUCUGCAAACAGACUGCAAUUCUGUUAAGUUGUUUAAAGCAGACAUAUUCUCUAUUAUUUUCACUCUACAUAAUAUACUUGUAUCAUUUGCUUCGUUUAAAGGAAUACCGACACAAAAACUUUGUCUCGCCUUAUUGUUUCUUUUAAACAGCUGUCGACUCUGCAAUGGUAAUAUGAAGUCUCGAGUUGUUUAGAGUGAAACAAAGAGUUAAUUACAUCACCUUUUAAUGAUAACAGUUAGAGAUGCUCAAAAUACAGCACAACCUUUGAUGUGUCAGCACUCCUUUAAACAACAGUCUUACAAACUGGGUUAUAUUUUAGAGUAAUGUGCAAUAUAUCUCUCUUGAACAUUUUCCUUACAGAAUCAUGGCAUCUCUUCAUUGUCAAGUUAAAGUUGUAAAUACAAUGCUGCAGUUUUGUUGAAUUUUCCUCCUUUCGUAAAUUUUUUCAAGAAAUUUGAGGUCCUAAACAUAAACUCUGCUCCCCACAGUGAUUAGAUUAAUGCUGUUUUGUAUAUGCCAAUAUAAUUUAAAUCAAUUCAUUGGUUGUCCUUGUACAUCACCUUUCUUUUCAUUCUACACAUCCUUGCAUAGGGCCAGUAAAAAGCUGAAUUUAAAUUCAGGCAGUACCCAAGGCCUCCAGUUAAACUGUGCAAAAGCUGACAAAAAGAAAAUCAGUUUGCAGUAUAAAGUGCCAAAUUUCAACCUUGUGCUGCAACUUUACAAUACUAUCAACUCAUGUUUUUUUUUGUUUUUUUAACAUUCCAUAAGUGCAAGUAUAUAUAUAUAUAUAAUUAGGAGUUUGUUGCAGCAAAAUGAAAGCGGCAUGUUUACAGACUAGUUGCCAGUAUCGCUGCUGAAUAAUUGCGUAGUUUCUUUCAAGUACAUAUGGCCUGUGUUAGCUCAAAUUGAGAAUGAAUUAAUGAAUGAAGCCUUUAUUUUAAGGAAGGGGACGGCUCUAGGCCGCUGUUGGGAAUUAGGAGGUAAAGGAAUGUGGGAUCCCGGAUUGUUGGCUGAACUACAUCUUCAUCUCAGUCUUUGAUCUUCCGUUUCACGCAGACUCAGGUGCAUGUUCACUUCCGCCGCUCUUGCAUGGGCUGGUCGACCCCUUCUACACUACUCAAAACAAGCCACUUUGUCUGCCAUAUGUCGCAAUGGCUUUCUGUGUUUCAGGGUUAGUUUGUAUUCCAAUUCCUAGUGUUCUAAUGUCUCCGUGUAGUAAAUGUUGAAUGUUGGAUUUCCCUUGUUAAAAAGCUGCACAGCUCCAAAUGAGGUGUUGCAAGUCUGCUCUGCAUGACUCCUGGCAAUGUGUGCAUCGGGUAUAAGUGUUCGCAAUCGUAGCUUGUCUGGGUUGGUGCCAUUUCUCAAGUAUGUGUGGUGUGUGUAUGCAGUGUUGGCCAUAACCUUAUUAAAAAAAACCUUCCGUGCGAGUAAGCCCGCCCUUGUCGUCGAAUACGUGUACUGGUGUAGCUUCUAAUAGUCUCCAUUUACUGUCUGCUUUUGUUUUAGUGCAAAUGUAAUGCAUCAGUGCUCUGCUAGGAGAGCCUUCGGCCAAUAUCUUUAGGUACGGAUUUUGGUUCGCAUGGUUUGGCGAGGAAAUGGAGUGUGGGGAGCUGUACAUGUAAUCAAGCCUACCCGCUUGCAUGGCAACUGCGUUUCCCCCAUCCGUGCAGGUGUGCCUCGGUGUCCAUAGGAUUUCAACAUUUGUCCCAUUGUCCUGUAUUCUCUUUAGCUUUUUUCUGGUGUCGUUGGCCACAGCAUCAUCUUUCGUAGGCACCGUUAAUUCGGUCACCACUUUGUACGAGUGAGUAAGGAUCCGAUAAUUAUUUUGCACACUCUGCUCUACAAUGUCUCCCAUGUCAAUGGGGGUGGUGUUGACUGCUCCCCAUAUAGCUAAGAGUGCAGCAUGCAAGGUUGCACCCCCGGAAAGCUGACAUGUGUGAUAGCCAUUGUGUUGGGGUGCAGAUGUGCUAACCCAGGCCAUGCUUGCUAUGACGUUUGUGACUGAAGUACGCAAUGUACUGUGUAGUUGUUCCUUUGUUCGCAGGAAGAUACGCUCAAAUAAAAAGGAAAAAAAAUUAACUCA